AUGCACUCUGUCACGGUCAAGUGCGAGUUCCUGGGCGGGCUCGACGUCAUUUUCGGGGGAGUUCGCAAGAGCGAGUGCACGGUGGCUGCACAGGAGCCUCCCACCGUCAAGGACCUGAUGUACCAUAUCACCGAGACACUGUUGGUGGAUAAGAAAGAUUUCGAUGUGUUUGUGGAGGACGGCACGAUCCGGCCGGGCAUUUUGGUGCUGAUCAACGACACAGACUGGGAGCUGGAGGGCGAAGACGAGUAUGUGCUUCAGGACGGGGACGUGAUUGCAUUCACCAGUACGUUGCACGGGGGGUGA